AAGAGUUUUUGUAUAUUAUAUAACAUGUUGCCCUGGUAUAUCUUUGUGAUAUUAUACCCCUCUCUCACCUAUAGGUAUAGAUAUAUUACACCGAAAGGCUAAAAUCUUGUCUAAUCUGAAAACGUGUUACGCUCCCAGGAAUAUCUUAACAGGGUUUACUGAUUGCAAUUGGACGUUAAUCCUAAUCUCCUAGCUUUUCCUGCGAACUCUGCAUUGCUCAUUCAUUGCCUAUAUAUAAGCCUGUCUCUCUUCAAGCUCUUCAAGUUUCAAAUCUCUUUAUAUAUUACGUAUAUUCUCUUCCAUUAAACCCUUACUCCUGUAAUCAUGGCUUCUAAGUUCUCCAUCAACAAGCUUCCUCUCAUCAGCAAGAGAUCAUAUGCGGUAGCCGUGGAAAAUGUGAGAGUUAGUGUGCAGCCAGCGGCAGCAGCAGCAGCGUCUGUAGUAAUGGGGAAGAGGAAGGAGGCAUCAUCUAUGGAGAAGAAUGAAGUGUUCUGGAUGAGAGAUCCAAAGACCGGCAACUGGGUUCCUGAGACUUAUUUUAACCAGAUUGAUGUUGCAGAGCUUAGAGACAAGCUUCUUCCCAAAAGAAAAAUAUUCUGAGUUGCCAAUUUCACGACCUUACUAAAUGGAUUUCUGUAAUGGAAUCAAUCAAAACAAUUUAAUAAAAAUACAUUUUCUCUUCUUAA